AUGAAAUUAUUAUUAGUCUGGAAUUUAUUCAUUUUUGCAACACUUUUAGUAAAUGCUUCAAAUCAUAUCAUUUCAGAUACUAGAGAGGUUGUCAAAACUCCAAGGGACUUGUUUUAUGAUAUUGUAAAUAUUUUUAGGGAGGUUCGUAAGAUUCAGAAACAUGCAUAUAUGGAUGACUUGUUUGCAUUAAGAGAAGAAAUUGAUUUUGAUGAAGAAUGUAAAGAAAUUUUAUCAGAUAUUAUAUCUACAAGAGAUCGUGUAACUAAUUUAAAUGGAGAUAAGAAGAAAGGGCGUCGUAUACGGACUAAAACUUUAGAGAAAUGUGUGGAAACUUAUAUAAAUCAUCAGAUUCAUGAUGCUAAUAAUUCAAAUAAAGAAAAACUAAGGAAAACCUUAUUUGCCUUGAGAGCUCAAGAAGUAACUAUGUCUAUGGUUACUGAAAAAAGUCUUCGGAGCAUUUUAAAACAUAUAAAAUUUAAACUUGAUGAGUAUGGGUUAGUGAAUAAUCGAAAGAAAGGAAGCUCAAAUGAUUUUGAGACAGAACAAGAAGAAGAUUUUAUCGAAAAUACAUUGGUGGUUUUCAGUAAAGGCAUUUUUGGACUGGGAAUCUGUAUACUUUUCGGUACCACUAUAUGUUUAACAGCUCUAGGGUCACUGAUGUUUGUUCAGGUCAUUCUUUGGAUGUUAAUUUUGGUGAGAUUUUUAACGAUAUCGAAUUAA